CCCUUCCCCCCACAUCAGACCUUCUCUGGUUCCCUGACCUCAGUGAGAUUGCCACCGGUCUGGGGACCUGGGGAAGACAUGGAGAAAGAGACGGGGGAUCCCCUGGCUGGAGCUGACUGACACAGUAGACAGUCAUGGCUGGAGAACUGGAUAUCAGACUAAUAUUUGACGUCUGGAAACAAGAGGGGAUGUGUAUACCACCUUUACAACUUCUUGCUGAGAAUUCUGACACAAAGGAGAAAAAGAAAUGAAUGACCCCUGGAGAGUAUCCCAUCCUGAUGGGGAAGGGCAAGUAAGAGGUAUGUUUCUGAAGUACUUUUCAGAUCCUAAUUCUAUUGGGGAACCCACUAUCCACAUGAUUCCUCUUUUUUUUUUUUUUUUUGACAUUUCUGCUGAUUGGUAGCUCAGAAUGGGGCAAUACAGUGGACUCUGCCCCCCCCCCCCCAGUCAAUUCAACCUUUCUUCCACCCCCACCUAGGAGUAUUGCAUAAGGGACCUGAAAGUAGCCACAAAAGCAGGUCACAGAGGCUUAACAGCCACAUUUUUAGUUCAGGGACCCCCAUUCUCCCCAAACUCCAGUCUGCUCAAACUUUUCUUGAUCUCCGCAGAUUCUCUUCACACCAUUCUGAACAAUCUUCAACUCUUCUCUUUCCCCCUGCACAGCCAAAUUUCUUUUUUCAGCCCCUUACAGGACGUCUGGUCAAAAUUCACUAGGUAGGAGGGUCAUCAACUGGAAAGAACCGGAGCCUGGGGGGACCUGGCUGGAUAGGUAUGGGGGAUCCAGGCCAGUUCCCUAGUCCCUGGUCCCCCCAUGGCAGUCCCCCAACUCUAAGCAUUCUCACUCUCCUGCUGCUCCUCUGUGGACAUGCUCAUUCUCAAUGCAAGAUCCUCCGCUGCAAUGCUGAGUAUGUAUCUUCCACCCUGAGCCUUAGAAGUGGGGGUUCACCAGGAGCCCUGCGAGGAGGAGGAAGUGGAGGAGGAGGCCGUGGUGGAGGGUUGGGCUCCAGUGGCCUCUGCAGAGCCCUCCGCUCUUAUGCUCUCUGCACUCGGCGCACUGCCCGCACCUGCCGCGGGGACCUGGCCUUCCAUUCUGCUGUGCACGGCAUCGAAGACCUGAUGAUUCAGCACAACUGCUCCCGCCAAGGCCCCACGGCCCCUCCCCCUCCCCGCGGCCCCGCUCUUCCUGGAGCAGGCCCCGCCCGCUCCUCCGGCGCCCCAGCCCCAGACCCCUGUGACUAUGAAGGCCGGUUUUCCCAGCUGCACGGUCAGCCUCCAGGCUUCUUGCAUUGCGCCUCCUUUGGGGACCCUCACGUGCGCAGCUUCCACCACCACUUUCACACUUGCCGUGUCCAAGGAGCUUGGCCUUUGCUGGAUAAUGACUUCCUUUUUGUCCAGGCCACCAGCUUCCCCGUGGCAUUGGGGGCCAACGCCACCACCACUCAGAAGCUCACCAUUAUAUUUAAGAACAUGCAGGAAUGCAUCGAUCAGAAGGUCUACCGGGCUGAGGUGGACAAUCUUCCUGCAGCCUUUGAAGAUGGCUCUAUCAAUGGAGGUGACCGACCUGGGGGCUCGAGUUUGUCCAUUCGAACAGCUAACCCUGGGAGCCAUGUGGAGAUCCAAGCUGCCUAUAUUGGCACAACUAUAAUCAUUCGGCAGACAGCUAGGCAGCUCUCUUUCUCCAUCAAAGUAGCAGAGGAUGUGGCCAGGGCCUUCUCAGCCGAGCAGGACCUGCAGCUCUGUGUUGGGGGAUGCCCUCCAAGUCAGCGACUCUCUCGCUCAGAGCGCAGUCGUCGAGGAGCUAUAACCAUUGAUACUGCCAGACGGCUGUGCAAGGAAGGGCUGCCAGUUGAAGACGUGUACUUCCAUUCCUGUGUCUUUGAUGUUUUCACCUCUGGUGACCCCAACUUUACUGUGGCAGCUCAGGCAGCUCUGGAGGAUGCACGAGCCUUCCUGCCAGACUUGGAAAAACUUCAUCUCUUCCCCUCGGAUGCCGGGGUUCCUCUUUCCUCAGCAUCCCUCCCAGCCCCACUCCUUUCUGGGCUCUUUGUUCUGUGGCUUUGCAGUCAAUAACUAGGCCAUGACUGGUUUAGAAAUGAUUUGGGGAAGAGAGAUUGGCAAGGAAGAACAGAAAGAAUUACUGAAGAAAACAGUGGAGAGACUAAGAGACACAUGAAACACUCACAUUUAUCCAGAGUGAAAUAAGGUUACAGUCUGAGGUUGAAAUGAUCACAGAAUAAGGGUUCAAGGCAAGGUUUCUGCAUUCUGGAUGUCUGCAGGGGCUCCUCAUCAAUGUUCACAGUCUCGUUUAUAGCAAGCAAAUUGCUCCAGUCCAUCUACUCUUGAGAUCAGCCCUAUAAUCUUAUCGGUUGUGGGGUCUUGAUGAUCAGUAGAACACUUAAGGGCUGAGAUUUUUAAUAGGGAAGAACUGAAAGAGGAAGACAUAAUCAUUGCCCAUCAGAAAGUCAAAAUCGGGAGUUCUCGUCGUGGCUCAGUGGUUAACGAAUCUAAGAACCAUGAGGUUUCGGGUUCAAUUCCUGGCCCAGCUCAGUGGGUUAGGGAUCUGGCGUUGCCGUGAGCUGUGGUGUAGGUCGCAGAUGUGGCUCAGAUCCUGAGUUGCUGUGGCUCUGGCGUAGGCCGGUGACUACAGCUCCAAUUAGACCCCUAGCCUGGGAACCUCCAUAUGCUGUGGAAGUGGCCCUAGAAAAGACAAAAAGACCAAAAAAAAAAAAAAAAGAAAGUCAAAAUCGAACAGUAUUUUCUCCUGAAAGAUGGAAAGAGGAAGAAAUAGUAGGGAAAAGAGUCUAUUUAAUAAAUAUAUGUGGGUAAAAUGUGUUCUGCUUUCUUGGUUCAGAAAUGAAGUGGGUGUUGUCUGGAUCUUUGGUGAACAGCACAGACAGGAAGGAAACUAUCAGCCCCACUCCUAACCUGUUAUUAAAGCUAUGAAUUCUUCA